AUGCUUAAUAAAUCCAUAGCAUUCACUCCCCAAACCUUCAUUCUGGUUGGCAUUCCUGGGCUGGAAGCUGAGCACCUCAAGAUCUCUAUUCCCUUCUGCCUGAUGUAUGUCAUCAUCUUUCUAGGCAAUGGCACUAUUCUUCAUGUUAUUCGAGUUGACCAAACCCUUCACCAGCCCAUGUACUUUUUCUUGGCCAUGCUAGCAUCAGCUGAGCUUGGAGUUACCACAUGUACACUGCCUACUGUCUUGGGGAUCUUCCUCUUUGGCAUAAAUGAAAUCAGCUUUGAAGCCUGCCUCCUCCAGAUGUUCUUCAUGCAUUCCUUUACCAUGAUAGAGUCAGCUGUCCUACUCGCCAUGUCUGUGGACCGUUUCAUAGCCAUCUACAACCCACUGCGCUAUACGGCUAUCCUGACCCUGCCACGAAUCACUUGCACAGGGGUUGCCAUCGGGCUGAAAACCUUGGGACUCAUGCUCCCACUGCCCUUACUCUUAAGGCGCUUGCCCUUCUGUGGCCACAAUGCUCUGUCCCACUCCUACUGCCUCCACUCAGACUUGAUCAAGUUGCCUUGCGGAAACACACGACCUAAAAGCAUCCUGGGGCUCUUCAUCGUUAUCUUCACCUUUGGAGUAGACUCCAUGCUCAUCGUGGUCUCCUAUGUGCUCAUCCUCCGGACAGUGCUAAGAAUUGCCUCUAGGGAAGGUCAGUGUAAGGCGCUGAACACAUGUGUGUCACAUAUCUGUGCCGUGCUUGCGUACUACAUCCCUGUCAUCAGUCUUUCUGUGCUACAUCGCUUCAUGCACCCUGUGCCUCCUCUGCUACAGGUCAUGAUGGCCAAUGCUUAUCUCUUAUUCCCACCUGUGGUUAAUCCACUUGUCUAUAGUGUCAAGACCAAAGAAAUUCGCCGAGCCAUUGCGCGAGUGCUGUCCAGGAAGAGGGACAGAAGUUAG